UAUGACAAGGUGGGAUGCCUAGGUAGUCAAUAGAAUAGAAUGAGCAGUCCACCGAUGUCCUUCCAUAUGUUGGACCAGUGAGUUAGCAGUGUACGAUUCCUCAGACUUUUGUUCUACACUCAGUUACCUUCAAUUAUUCACCAUGUCAUCACUGGUUGGCCCUCCCUCGUCGCGAAGGGACGAUCUUCAUAACGAGGAAUUGCACCCUUCGAAGUAUAGUAUGGAAACGGAGCGCUUAGUGCUUUCGACAUCCGACUUGGACUUCCAAAGUGAUCAAAUACAGCGCCGGUCCCUUCACUGUUCUAGAAUAAGAUGCGCAACACCUUGGAUAUUGCUGCUUAUAGUAGUGCUGUUAUGGACUGGCUCCUACUUCCAGCUACAGGCCAGUUACAAAUCGCGUUAUCAGUCACUAUAUAGUCAAUUAUAUAGCCCAGCGCAGCAUCUAAUUCAGUAUGAACAACGGAAAUUCUUCACCUUCUCAGCUUCCAAUCCAAAUGGCUACUCUGGACCACCAUCUCCAGAGCUCGAUAAGAACUGGGAGGAUCUCUAUUCCAUGGGAAUUGUGGCGAUCACAAGGGACGAGGCAGAAAAGCUGCCAAACAAGACGUCGAUGCUGCCGCAUGAUGAAAAACAGCGAUAUGUAGUAGGGUUAGACGUCUUCCACGCGCUUCACUGUCUAAACAUGAUUCGCAAGCUGCUCCAUCCGGAAUAUUACUCUGAGAAUGAUAUGAAACACAUGAAUCAAUCUCACGACGAUUUCUAUCACAUAGAUCACUGUGUCGAGUACCUUCGACAAUCCGUGAUGUGCAGUGUGGAUCUGGCUCCAAUACCGUUUCAAUGGAAUGAUGCACAGGGCAUAUAUCAGCCUUCAAUGGAUGUCAUUCAUACUUGCCGGAAUUACGAAGUUGUGCGUGAAUGGGCAAAUGAAAGAGCCGUGGUAGAAAAAUGGGAUCUUACAUAUCGUGUAGUAAACGAUCCUCUCGAUCCAGAUACGUGGACACUAGGUUUUAAUCCCUAAGAAUCCUGGUCGGAUACAGAAAGAUCGGGGGGGGCCUCAGUAGAAGCGGAAGCGUACGGCCACGACAAGCGAGGGAUCCUGUUACGACCGACCGUCACAAGCAAGGCCAUCAUGAAAUAAACCGAUGACAAGCAGAGCCCGGAAGCAGAACAGCUAUGAUAUCUAGCUAUUAUAAGGAAGGCAGAAUCAGUAUAUGAAAGGGGGGGUUCCUUGUGUAUCUAGUCAUUCGUUCUUCAGCUACCUAUCAAUAUAAGCCUUCGAGCAAUCUUGGAACUGGAA